GCUGAAGCGGCUGGUCGCUGGAUGGCAGAAGUGGCCUCUAGUUGAAGCAGACGAAGCUUCAGCUCUGAUCCUCUGCUGUGUGACUGAUUUCAGCCAGCUAGCUUAGCCUCAAACUAACCCGGACAGCAACAGGAACGGGCAGUUUAGGUUUUAACAGCGACCUACAAUCAACCAUGAUCAGGAUUACCAUAACGUUAGCUAGUAAGCUGUCUAAACAAACGAGAGCAGCACUAAGCCUGUACAGACCGUUUGUAGAAGUAUCCAGCAUUAACCAAGCUAGUGGUUUGCUAUGAAGCUAGCAAGCUAUAGGACGCUAAAUUUUAAUUUACGUUACACCAGUUUAAAAUAGUAUGCUGUGUCACAUGUCAUUUUUAGCUGACAGGUUUACAUGUCCUUAUUUUAUCUAAGAAAGCACCGAGAGACGUUGCACUCUAUAGCAAACAAACACCGGGGAGACGAGAAGAGGCUUUUCCCCAAAGAGAACACUCAGGAGCUCAGCGAGGAACUGCUGACUGCAUGAGAAUGAGCCAUGGUCCGUUUCACCACCACAUCACCCACAGCAGUGAGGAGAAACAGUGUGAAGAUCUCGGAGCGGCUUCAGUGCAGAAGAACAGGACUGCAGCUCAGAGGACAAGCACAACCCCGGCGACCUGAUUUCUUCUGAUCACUACAGUACAGGAAUGCCUGAACCAGGGCUUACUUUCAUUGCAGAUUAUCUAAAACACCAUGUAACGUCGGCAGUUUAAAAAAAAAAAAAAAAAAAAGACUAGAGAAGAGCCAUACUUGACGGUUUUGAUCUUAAAGGUGCUGUACAGUUACAUUUUCCAUGAGAAGAGCUCAAGAUGACGAUGGAAAACUCGACUAUUAAAAAUCGGAUUAAAAACCUGCUCCGGUCUCCUUCCAUCAAACUGAGGAGAAAUAAACCAAGGAACAACAAGGAAAACCUGGAAAAUAAGGUGACUCUUGAAAAGGUUUUGGGAAUUACUGCUUCAGGAAACCGUGCCUUGGCCUGUGACCCUCAUUCAGGUUUGGUAGCCUACCCUGCAGGGUGUGUGGUGGUUCUCCUGAACCCCAAGAAGAAUAAACAGUAUCAUAUUCUCAACAACUCCAGGAAAACAAUCACCACUCUAGCUUUCUCACCAGAUGGCAAAUAUGUGGUCACAGGAGAGAGUGGUCAUAUGCCAGCAGUGCGUGUGUGGGAUGUGGUGGCGAGAACUCAGGUAGCAGAGCUACACGAGCAUAAGUACGGCGUGGCCUGCGUAGCUUUCUCUCCCAACAGCAAGUACAUCAUCAGCGUGGGCUACCAGCAUGACAUGAUCGUCAACGUCUGGGCCUGGAAGAAAAAUAUACUGGUGGCUGCCAACAAAGUCUCCAGUAAAGUGACGGCUGUGUCAUUUUCAGAUGACAGUUCCUACUUUGUCACAGCAGGGAACAGACAUGUCAAGUUUUGGUACCUGGACCACACUAAGGCCUCCAAGGUCAAUGCCACAGUGCCCUUACUGGGUCGUUCUGGGUUGCUGGGUGAGCUUAGGAACAACUUCUUCAGUGAUGUGGCUUGUGGCAAGGGCCGGAAGGCCAGCAGCACUUUCUGCAUCACCUCCUCAGGCCUGCUGUGUGAAUUCAAUGACAAGAGACUGCUGGAUAAAUGGGUAGAGCUUAGGACUGGCUUAGCCACUGCAUUGUUUGUCACUGAAGAUCUGAUAUUCUGUGGCUGUGCUGAUGGAACUGUGCGAGCUUUCAACCCGGUCAACCUGCACUUCAUCUGCACUCUGCCUCGUCCACACAGCCUGGGCACGGACAUUGCCACGGUCACUGACGCAAGCCAUCUCUUUGCAUACAAAUUGGAUGCUCGGUACCCUGACACAGUGGCUGUGUCAUAUGACCCUACCAACCACUGGGUGUCCUGUGUUUACAAUGAUCAUAGCCUGUACGUCUGGGAUGUUCGCGACCUCCACAAAGUGGGAAAAGUUUACUCUGCCCUGUAUCACUCUUCGUGUGUGUGGAGUGUGGAGAUGUACCCACAGAACAGUGAGAGAGAGCAGUCUUGUCUCACAACAGGAUCCUUCCUUAGCUGCUCUUCUGACAACACCAUCCGCCUUUGGAACACAGAUGGAUACAGUGCCACAGUCAAGCGCAACGUCAUAAGCAAUGAUCUUCAAAAAAUUAUUUAUAUAGACAAUAAUGUUGCAGCUUUGUUGGACCCAGACUGCACCAUCUCCAGCAAUUCAGAGAAAGCCGAUCCACAGACCUCUGAAAACAGGACUGGCAUUAGGACCUUGUGUGUCAGCCCAGAUGGUCAGCACCUGGCAUCAGGGGACCGCAAUGGAAUACUAAGGAUCCAUGAGCUACAGAGUAUGGAGGAGAUCCUAAACGUGCAGGCCCACGACUCCGAGAUCCUGUGUCUGGAGUAUUCAAAGCCUGAGACAGGCUUGAGGCUCUUGGCCACAGCAAGCAGAGACAGGCUGAUCCAUGUUCUUGAUGCUGAGUAUGAGUAUGGCCUGGUGCAGACACUUGAUGAACAUUCAUCUUCCAUCACUGCUGUGCGGUUUGCUGAAAAUGAUGGCAAAAUCAGAAUGAUCAGUUGUGGUGCUGACAAAAGUGUUUACUUCCGCACAGCGCACAAGACAGAUGAAGGAAUCACGUUUACACGCACCCACCAUAUUGUGAGGAAGACUACUCUGUAUGAUAUGGAUAUUGACCCCCUGUGCAAGUAUGCUGCUAUUGGCUGCCAGGACCGCAGCAUCAGGAUCUUUAACAUCAGCAAUGGCAAACAGAAGAAAAUAUACAAGGGCUCUCAGGGGGAGGAUGGCACACUCAUUAAGGUCCAGAUGGAUCCGUCUGGGAUGUACGUGGCUACCAGCUGCUCAGACAAAAACAUAAACAUUUUUGACUUCUACACUGGGGAGUGUGUAGCCACCAUGUUUGGGCACUCCGGUAUGAACUUACAGAUCGUCACAGGGAUGAAGUUUACCAAUGAUUGCAAGCAUCUGAUAUCCGUGUCAGGGGACAGCUGCAUCUUUGUGUGGAGACUGAAUCCAGAGCUGACCAUCAGUAUGAAACAAAGACUUUCUGAUAUUAAACAGAAGAGCAAACCUGUACAGAAAAGCCCCCCUACCAAACAUCAUCCUGUCAGCACUAGGAGAGAGGUGCACAGUGCUUCAGCUAUAGGCACCAUGUCCUCAGACAGUGAUAAAGAGCCUGAGGAAGAGGAGGGUAUAGAAGAGGAGGAUGAAUACAAUUUUCGUCACCUAUCUUCUGGUAGCAGCACAGGAGAUGAGGCUGGAUCGUCAGAGGAGAAGCAUGACUCAGUCCGAGAGAUGAGAAAUAUGUCUGACAGCAGUCCAGCAUGCGAGAACUCGGGCCCAAGGCAAAGGCGACGCUGGUGCAGGCGAAUAGGCAGCACAGAUUUGACGGUGAAGUCCAUGCUGGACCUGAGGCAGCUGGAGUCCUUUGCUAAGUCCCCUGUUGUGAACCGAGAGCCUGCGCUGCAUCCAGAUCUGGAUCUUGGCAGUACCAUCAGCUUACAGACCAUAGCUGGAUGGGUGGAGGAGCCAGAAGUGCAGGUUUCGCCUGUCCCAAGAGGACACGCACGUCCUCAGUACAUCUCACUGUUGCCUCAAACGCCAGACAUAGAGGCUGUGGUGCUUUACCCUCAGUGCUGUCAGGACAGAGUGAGCCUGGCAGGCAGUGAGUACCAGGUCAAGGAGUUAGCUCAUGAAGUGAGGUUGGCUAAAGGAAACUCCUGUCCUGAGAAACAGAGCCCUGACAGCGCAUGUUCAAUGGAUUAUUCCAACAGCCGUCUCUCCAGCUCGGAUCAGCCUGGAGAAGACUCGGAACCCACUGAGCCACUGAGCAUGGAUGGAAACUCAUCUGAGCUGGACAUGGAAGACUUAGAAGAGGAAGAGGAGGAGAGCCUGAGGAAGACUGAGAUCUGUAGCUCUGUGCCUAAGAUUCCAGACCAAGAAGCCUUCCUCAAAAAAAACUUUGCAAACUUGUCAGACUUCAGCACCUCAGGAAGUCCAAAUUCUCUUCAGCCAAUAAUCACUGACAGUGUCAGCAUCUCAUCGAAGUUCCUUACUGGUACCAGUGGCUGCAGGCAGGCAUUUGUUUCCCCUUCAAGCAAAACUACCGAGAGUAAGGUUUCCAGUGAAUUGGUGCAGCCCCUGGUUUCUGAGGUGCGCCCUCUUAUGGAGGACAAAAAAAAGAGCAUCCUGCGAGAACUCCAGAGCCCAGAGAGGCCUUCAGUUCUGCAUUUAACCCCUGAGAAGAAACGCAUCCCUGUAGAAAUUUCUGCGGAUUCUCUGGCUGCCUCAACUGGCAUGAGGAAAGCUCAGUCCAUUCAAAACAUCUCUUCAGAGGCUGAUAUGAGCCAGACAUCUACACAUCCUUCUAAGGAGGUUCCCCCUCAGCCCCAGCAUUACGAGCGUGCGCCACCAUCCACACUGUGCCACACGCUUCCCGGUGUGCCUCUCUCCAGCCCAACAUCUACCCAGCCCAGGGACUGCCCUACACCCACCAAGUCCAAGCCACGCUCGUACAUGAGCCCCACCACCAGUUCCAUAGCCAAGAUGUCACGCUCCGUGUCCAUGGGGGACAGCCUGAACGUGAGUGAGCUCAAUGAAGUACCUGUAGGCUCAGACACCCACCGAGGCUCAGUAUCAGACACUUCCAGCCUUCGCAGUUCUUCUCGCAGCAAAGCCUCAUCUCCAGUAGUCCCACUGCCCUCUUCAUUUAUUGGCUCUCCCCCUCGUGGUGCGGUUAUACCCACCAUAAGCGGUGCCUCCACUCCGAACUCUUCUUCUAAAGGCAUCCAGGCCAAAUUACCCAGCAGUGGCCGUCCACAGCUACACCUGGACAUCACGAAACCUCUCCCUGAUAAGCCCUCCAUGGCCUCCUUCUCUCCUAACAGUAAGAUUACCAAGCUUGGCCACAAAGAUGUAGGUAACAAGACUCCAGUAAGUGUACCCCCUCUGCCAGGACCAGAGCAGUCUGAUUCCAGCAACAUGCAGCCAAUUACAUGCUCAGUUCCUACUGAGACCAGGCCACCAGAGCAACAGGAGCUCAAUACUGAUCAGUCUGAAGAACCAGUGAAGAUAUGGGGAAAAGAUACAGAGCUGGAGGAGACGCAGACCAAGCAAUCAAACCAGAACCAGGGUGGCACAGUUUGUCUGCAUUCAGCCAGUCGAGCCCAGGAUUCAGAUGCAUCUCUCAGUAUGGCGUCAUGUAAACUUGCAGCUAGUGAACUUCAAAGCAGUUUUAAAAAGGCCUGCCACUUCUACAGGAUGCUGAGCAGUUCCACAGACCAGAGGCAGGAACAUCAGGAGAUGACUCAAGUGCUUUCUGAGGCAUUUGAGUCAGUGCAGGCUGAGUUGAACUUGUUGCCACAUUAUAUAAAAAGCCACUCGAGCUCCAGCAGCAGCAGCUCAGUGUGUGUGCUGGGCAGUGGGGCUGGUGGUGUGGGUGAGGAACGAACAUUAGCACUGCUGGAGCAGUAUUCACAGCUUCUCCUCAGAGCUGUGGAGAAGAGAAUGGACGGCAAAGUCUGAAAUGCAUCUCUUUCAUUAAAUAGAUCAUUCAGGCUGAGGCCGGAUCCCAAGCCAUGACUCUGCGCAGCAGCACAUUGUUUUAACUGAGUUUUAAAAAAAAAAUUUUUUUUUAAAUAAGCAGAUUUUUAAAAAUCCACAGUUGAUUGGCAUGUGGACUUCCCUUCCUUUUGCUUAAACACUACCAGCACAGAUGGAAAGGCUCAGUCUGACAGGCAUGGCCAUAUUGCACUAUAGACUAAGCUCAUCGGCCUACCUCCCUUUUUUAGUGUGUUGUUUCAGCAACCAUAUACUCUACACUUCACCUCAUUGCCAAAUAAGGUACCCUUUUACACUUUAUUGGUUUACUAUAUCUGGAUAUUUGUGUAUAGGAGCAAUGACUGAGUAAAUGAAAUUCUCAAGGUGAGAUCUGAGAUGGCUUGUAACAGUGUAUAAAUGAGAAAUGGACCAUCACAGAGAUGGAGUUAAACUGAUUCUGCCAGUCCUCAAGAUAAUGUGAACUUUUUUUCAGAACUUAACCUUCUCUCUUUCCAAGAUAAUCCAGAUGUUUGCUCAUUUAUAUCUUCCACCAUGGAGUGCUUUUUUAUCAAGUAUAUCUUGUUUCAGAUGUGUGACUAUUUAUUCUAUCGUCAUUGUUCAAUAACAGGGGUUAAAGAUCUUCAGAUAGUGUGUUGUACAGUCAAUGUGUUUUCAUACAGGAUACCCUUAAUGUCAGUACUGUUCCAGCGGGGAGGGUCCAGAAUGACAGCAUCCAAAUCUCAUGCAUGAACUUUGACAAUUUUAUACAUUUUGUAAUAUUGAUACCGUCAAUGUCUCAAGAGAUUGGGUGCCUUAUUUUGUAACCAGCAAUUCUCUGAUCUUUUCAAAAAUUCAAAAAAUUAGCUAUCAGUGCUGAUAGGAGGUGGUCUUUCCCAGUGUGAAAUAUUCCAGUAGAUGAUGAGACUAGAAUAGGACAGAAUUGCAAAGGGAAUGUUGCAUAUAGAAUUACUAUCAGUAUAACAAAAUAAAAAAUGAACAGCUGAGGGAUUUACAUUUUAUUUGUCCCCAGUUCCUCAAGUUUGGAUUAAACCUAGAUGAUAGUGCUUUUCAUAAAUGUGUCAUUUGAGUAUUUCGUAUUCAGGUUUCUGUCCCUUUUCGUAACGUUAACACUGAUGUACAGUAAAGCACUUUGUUUUCUAAAAUAAUACUAUUGAUACCACAAGAAUACUGUAUUUGUGCUAGUUGUCUGUCUGCUGUAUACUGUUCAGAUUUUUUUGCAUACUGUUACAGAAUAUGGUGCUUGUGUUCGGUACAGCUAACAAAGUUGUGUAAAUCAGUUUGUUACUGGAUGCACAAAACAAAUCAUUUAUAUGAUCCUCCAUCCCAAACCAGCCUCAACCAUAUCCCCUAAUGUCAGGAUUUUUAAACUAUAAACACUUGCCAUGAACAUUUCGACGUGCAUGAGACAAAUGAUAAGAAAUGAAUGCACAGUUCUUAUACUUUAUAAAGUAAUUUGUUAAUCAUGUGACUAUAUUAAUCAUUUAGCUGAACUGAGUGAAUUUAAAGUGUAGAGGUUAUAUAUAAAGACAGUGGUAGGAGAGUAAUUUUAUUGCUAGCAUGACAAAACUGCAUGCAUGAUGAGAAGUGGACUUCAGCGCUCACUGGAUCCUGAAAUUGAGUGCAUGGUUGUAUAUCUGACUUUCUUGAAAAACACAUCCAAUGCUUUACUAUUCAGCACUGUUCUCUUUUCCUCACAGAAGCUAGCAUUAAACACGAAUGAAAAGGUUUUCA